CGGUGCCUACAUGUUGAUGAUCUGGGCCGGCUGCCGCCGCUGCUGGGAGCCUAGCGGUCCCGCUGCGGUCUGGACAGAAGUGGCACCUCUCUUCCACCACCGCCCCUCGUCCCCGGGUCCCUAUCCUCCGAGGACCGCCCUCGACCUUCACCUUCACUUAUUUUCCCGUCCUCCUCCCCGCGCCAGGGACCCCGUAUCCGAAUAUCUGCACUCGUGCCGCCCCCCGCGUUCCUCCCCUCCCGCCGCAACCCCGCGACCUCCAGCAGCCCGCCCCCGCGGGCCCGAUCCUGCCCCGCGGCUCCCGCCGCAUCCCGCUCAGCCCUCCCGCUCUCCCGGGGCUUGCGCCACUACACCCCCCGCCGUCCGCACCGGGGUUUCCUCGUUCCCAGCUCCUCCCGCCCCCUUAGAGCCCCCUCCCUCGCCCUGGCCAGCUGACAUGCAGGUGUCUAUCGCGUGUACCGAGCAGAACCUUCGCAGCCGGAGCAGUGAGGACCGUCUGUGUGGACCCCGGCCGGGCCCCGGGGGCGGUAAUGGCGGGCCGGUCGGCGGGGGGCAUGGGAAUCCUCCGGGGGGAGGAGGGUCGGGCCCCAAGGCCCGGGCCGCACUGGUCCCCCGACCCCCAGCGCCCGCUGGGGCCCUCCGAGAGAGCACCGGCCGAGGCACUGGCAUGAAAUACAGGAACCUAGGAAAGUCUGGUCUUCGAGUAUCCUGUCUUGGCCUAGGCACCUGGGUCACAUUUGGUUCUCAAAUCUCAGAUGAGACAGCAGAGGACGUGCUGACGGUGGCCUAUGAGCAUGGUGUAAACCUGUUUGACACGGCUGAAGUGUAUGCAGCGGGGAAGGCUGAAAGAACGCUAGGCAACAUCCUCAAGAGCAAAGGAUGGAGGAGGUCAAGCUAUGUCAUCACCACCAAGAUUUUUUGGGGAGGACAGGCAGAAACGGAGCGAGGCCUGAGCCGCAAGCACAUCAUUGAGGGCUUGCAAGGAUCCCUGGACCGCCUCCAGCUGGGAUACGUGGAUAUCGUCUUCGCAAACCGUUCAGACCCCAAUAGUCCAAUGGAGGAGAUUGUCCGAGCUAUGACCUAUGUCAUUAACCAGGGCCUGGCCCUCUACUGGGGGACAUCCCGAUGGGGAGCUGCGGAAAUCAUGGAGGCCUACUCCAUGGCCAGACAGUUCAAUCUGAUUCCUCCUGUGUGUGAGCAAGCUGAGCACCAUCUGUUUCAGAGAGAGAAGGUGGAGAUGCAGCUGCCAGAGCUCUACCACAAGAUUGGUGUUGGCUCAGUGACCUGGUCCCCUCUGUCCUGCGGCCUCAUCACUAGCAAGUAUGACGGGCAGGUCCCAGAUACCUGCAGGGCCACCAUCAAGGGCUACCAGUGGCUCAAGGACAAAGUACAGAGUGAGGGCAGCAAGAAGCAACAAGCCAAAGUCCUAGACCUUCUUCCCAUUGCGCACCAGCUGGGCUGCACUGUGGCGCAGCUUGCUAUUGCAUGGUGUCUCCGCAGCGAGGGUGUCAGCUCGGUCUUGCUGGGGGUGUCAAGUGCAGAGCAGCUGCUAGAACACCUGGGGGCCCUGCAGGUGCUGAGCCAGCUGACGCCGCAGACGGUGAUGGAGAUAGAUGGGCUCUUGGGGAACAAACCGCAUACCAAGAAAUAGUCCGUCGGGGGGCGCAGGCACCCGCAGCGGGGCCGCCUCACUCGCCCAGUGCGCUUUCCCGCGGCCACCCCGCCUCCCGCCGCGUCCCCCCUCUGCCCCGCGGCCAGGGAGGCUCCACCCCUAACGAGUCCCGGCUUCCAGUAGCGAUGCGCAUGAACAAAGCCAUAUCCUCCCGCAGUGGGGCUCGAGAGGAAAAGUAGUGCGCCGCCUCCCAACCCCCUCCUCCGCUGCGCUCCUCCAGGCCUUCCUGCUAAUCCCAGGCAUGAGCUUCCGGGCUGUCCCCUCUCUGCCCUUUGGUCUCGUUUCCUUCUCCCUUCCCCUAAUCGCUGAGGCCCGGGGGG